AUGAACACUGCAUCUGCCGCUAUGCCCAAAGCCGCGGCUCUCCCCGCUCGUUUACUGCGGACUUCGCGGCAAUACUCCAAGCAGAGUCCCUCCACCACCAUUCGGUCCUCAACCCCGGCCCGGACCUAUCAUGCCUCUACUGCUUCUUCAGGCAAUAAGCGCUUGCGCGAUGGUGCCUACAGCAGAAAGCAAUCUGCAUUUCCUACAACAAGGACUUUCCAUACAACUGCCCCGCUUGCGGCUGUCUCCGAUCCUUACAAAGUCCUAGGAGUCGACAAAAGCGCUUCUGCGUCAGAGAUCAAGAAGGCUUACUAUGGAAUGGCGAAGAAAUAUCACCCGGAUACGAACAAGGAACCCGACGCGAAAGAAAAGUUCGCAGAGGCGCAAACGGCAUACGAGCUUUUGUCCGACCCUAAGAAACGCGAAAACUAUGACCGCUUUGGCUCCGCUGCUUUUGACCAGAACGGGGGCUUCGACCCUAGCGGCGGCAACCCAUUCGGUGGCGGCAACCCGUUUGCUGGCGCCGGAGGCUUUCAUGGAUUUGGUGGUGGCUUCGGUGGAGGCUUCUCAGCCGAUAUCAACUUCGAAGAUCUUUUUGGCGCUUUCACCGGUGGCGCUCGGCGAUCUGGUCGGGGCCGCCGGGGACCCUUCCAGGAGGUUCUUGUCGGUGAAGAUAUUGAGGUCCAGACCAGUAUCUCCUUCAUGGAGGCCGCGAAGGGCACUUCGAAGGACAUUGUGAUCACUCCCUUGAAAGAGUGCGACACCUGCAGCGGUGAGGGAUUGAAGAAGGGUGCCAAACGCUCGCAGUGUCGUCAGUGCAACGGAUCCGGCACCCGAGUACACAUGAUGCAGGGUGGUUUCCAGGUGGCAGCUACUUGUGACGCUUGUGGUGGGCUGGGCAAGACUGUCCCCCGAGGAUCUGAGUGUGGGUCUUGUAAGGGCAACGGAGUGGUUAGGGACAAGAAGACCGUCCAGGUGGAUAUCCCGGGAGGUGUCGAGGACGGCAUGCGUCUGAGAAUCUCCGGGGAAGGUGAUGCCCCGCCCACUGGUACUGCAGCUCCUGCAGGCUCCCGUACGCAACGCGGUGAUCUAUAUGUGUCCAUUCGAGUGGCGCCUGAUCACCGAUUCAGCCGCGCUGGAUCCGACAUCCUCUACACAGCUUCCAUUCCUCUCACCACCGCUCUACUGGGUGGCGAAGUGAAGGUGCCUACCCUGGAUGGCGAGGUCAAGGUCAAGGUUGGCACGGGUACUGGCACCGGCGACCGUAUUACUUUGUCUGGUAUGGGCAUGAAGAAGUUGGGUGGUCGAAGCCGCAACUUGAGCCCCACAGGUGACCUCAAGGUUGAAUUUAAGGUUGCCAUGCCCAAGUACUUGACCAGUAACCAGCGAACGAUUCUUGAGGUUCUUGCGGACGAGAUGGGUGAUACAACUGCCAAGCGUAUUAUGGAUCUUCCCAAGGACAAGGAUGGUGCCCCGUCUAGCCCAAGCGCCUCGACUGACGACUCCAAGCAUCCGGGCUUUCUCAAGUCCGCUUGGCAAAAGCUUAUGAACCACUCUGAUGCGAGCAAGAAAGACAAUGGCGAUGCCCACAAGUCCGACGGUGAUAAGAACUCCCCGCUCCUGCAUAUGAGCAAGAUGGUUCAGUCGCCCAUGAUCUCGUGUCCGCUGAAGCAGACCAACGAAAUCGAUUGGAUUCGACCCCUGAAGGACUACAUUCGUCAAAGUUAUGGUGAAGAUCCUGAUCGCUACAGUCAAGAAUGUGCCACUCUCAACCGCUUGCGCCAGGACAUGAGGGGCGCGGGGAAAGACAGCGCGACGGGUCGCGACUUACUGUAUCGCUACUAUGGUCAACUGGAGCUGCUGGAUUUGCGGUUCCCAGUGGAUGAGAACCAUAUUAAGAUAUCCUUUACCUGGUACGAUGCUUUCACUCAUAAACCCACUUCUCAGUACUCUCUCGCCUAUGAAAAGGCCUCCAUCAUCUUCAAUAUCUCCGCCGUGCUUUCUUGUCAUGCGGCCAACCAGAAUCGCGCCGAGGACACAGGCCUCAAGACUGCCUAUCACUCCUUCCAGGCCUCUGCUGGCAUGUUCACCUAUAUCAACGAGAAUUUCCUCCAUGCGCCCUCGACCGAUCUGAACCGGGAGACCGUCAAGGCUUUGAUCCACAUUACUCUCGCGCAGGGCCAGGAAGUAUUCUUGGAGAAACAGAUUGCGGACAACAAGAAGGCUGGGCUGCUGGCGAAACUGGCCAGCCAGUCGGCCUACCUCUACUCUCAGGCCGCCGAGGCGAUCCAAGAGUUUUGCAAGGGGGUCUUUGAUAAAGUCUGGUUAAUCGUCGUUCAGACCAAAGCGGCUCACAUGGCCUCCGUCGCAUCGUACUACCAGGCCCUCGCAGACAGUGAAAGUGGAUCCCAUGGUGUGGCCAUUGCUCGACUGCAAUUCGCGGAAAAGAACUCGACAGCAGCGAUGGGAUGGGCAAAGUCAUUCCCGUCAUCGGUGUCGCCGAACACAAACUUAAGCUCAGAAUCAGGCACAAACCUGCUUGACGUUGUCAAGUUCCACCUAGCUAAUGUACAGGCCAAGCUUACGGUAUUCAAGAAGGACAAUGAUUUCAUCUACCACCAACCCGUUCCCAGCGAAGCAGGCCUGUCUGCAGUCGCAAAAUUACCAGCGGCAAAGGCGAUUCCAGUCAGCGAACUCUAUCAAGGCCAGGACAUUCAGCGAAUCAUCGGCCCGGACAUUUUCCAGAAAUUAGUUCCCAUGUCCGUCACCGAGACAGCCAGUCUCUACGACGAAGAAAAGGCCAAGCUUAUCCGGGCCGAGACCGAAAAGGUCGAAAUAGCCAAUGGGGAAAUGGCUGCUAGUCUGGAUUAUCUUAAACUUCCCGGAAGCCUUAAUAUCCUCAAAGGCGGGAUGGAUCAAGAAAUGGAGGUUGAUGAAGAGUUCAGAAGAUGGUGUCAGGAACUUGCUGGUCAUCAGCCUUUCAUCAAAGCGCUUGAUGAAUUACAGGACCGCAAAUCGGAGAUCCUCGGACAACUGGACCAAUGCUCCAAGAAGCUCGACUUGGAAGAAAGCGUGUGCGAAAAGAUGCGCUCCAAAUAUGGUGCCGAUUGGAGUCAGCAGCCGAGCGCAAGGCUCAACACUACCCUUCGUGGAGACAUCCGGACAUACCGCGACACUAUCAACGAGGCUAGCGCAAGUGACGCCCAACUGCUGUCUACACUACGGCAGUAUGAGGCUGAUUUCGAUGAAAUGCGCUCUGCAGGAGAAACCGAUGAAGCUGACGUCCUCUUCCAGCGUGCCAUGAUCAAAGCUGGGUCGAAACACGGCAAGGGAAAGAAUGGGCUUGGAAGCCCCUACGCCCCCACGCCGGAGGGUAACCUGCUAGAUGAUGUUUACGACGAAAGCAGCCCCUCUGUAUCGGAGCAGAUCGCUCGGGUCGAGGCCAUCUUGAAGAAGCUGAAUCUAGUCAAGAGGGAGCGAUCUCAAGUUUUGAAGGAUUUGAAGGAAAAGGUUCACAACGAUGACAUAUCUAAUGUCCUGAUUCUCAACAAGAAAUCGAUCACUGGGCAAGAAAACCAGCUCUUCGAGGCUGAACUGGAGAAAUUCCGUCCGCAUCAGAAUAGGUUGCUUCAGGCCAAUCAUAAGCAAGCCUCACUCAUGAAAGAGCUGACCAAGAUCUACGGGGAUCUGCUCCAAGAUAAGCGAGUGAGAUCCGAGCAGUCGAAGUAUGAAGCCAUCACACGUCAACGCAACACGGUCAUGGCUCGAUACAAGAAAGUGUAUGAUGCUUUCAAUGGUCUGCUUUCGGGAACAGUUCAAGCCCAGACUUUCUACACUGAGAUGGCCGAGACGGUGGAAAAUCUGAAGAAAAACGUCGAAGCCUUUAUCAACAACCGUCGAUCUGAGGGAGCCCAGCUACUUGGACAGAUUGAACGCGAGCGAGCGAGCAGUGCCACAGAACAGGAGGAUCGCGAGCGGGAGAAAUUGCGGCAGUUGAUGGAACGACUGUCAACUGAGCCAAAGACAUCCACACCUGCACCGCCUUCAGCAGGGGCAAUGGCCCCCCCACCCCCAUCCAAGGCCAAGUCACCGCCCCCAGCGGUGCAGACGCCUGCUUACAACCCGUCUCUCGCCUCGCCGAAGAACUCACCAGCAUUUCCUCCCGGGCAACAGCAUGGCGUUCCUUUGUCUCAUUCUCCAUCUCCCUAUGGGCAGUACAUGACCCAUGGUGCUGCUGGCAUGCCUUACCAUCCCGGGCAACCAUACCAGCAGGGAGCAGCAGCACCUUUGUCGGAGGGUUACAAUCCCAUGGCCUAUCCUGUUCCACCGGCCGCUUCGCCGCCUCCAGCCCAGCAAUUCUACUCCUCUACCCCUACCCCAUUUAGCAGCUACAGCGGGCCCACUCCUCCUGCAGCCCCGUCUGCUUUCUUACCACAGGGCUACGUUCCGCCACCUCCGCCACCUCGACCUCAACAGACAAACUACUCUACGAGCUCCGGUCCCUUUCCCUCCGGCCCUGGCGGCUACGCUCAAAGCCGGCCGUACGGCGCAAGUCAACAUCACAAGGCUCCGUCGCAGUCGUCACAGUCACAGGGGCAAUCGAGCUCAUCGACUGAUCCCUGGGCCGGACUCAACGCUUGGAAAUAA